AUGAAGGGCCUCAUAGAUGCAUUUGCUGAGUCAUUUUCGCACUCUGAGGGAAAUGUUCAACUCUAUAACUCUGUGUUAGAGAAGAGCGAGCAGUUCUUUCACUACUCCGAGUCCUUGGCUAGUCCUGACCCAUUACUUGGUAAGGGCAUAACUUUACUAUUUUCAGAAAAAUACCAUUUUAUUUUAUCAUUGAAGGAAAAGCUGCAGCAUCUCGCAGCCCAAUACAAAGACUCUCAAUGUAAAUUGAGAAAUCUCAAUGUCGAGCUUAAUUUUAUGAAAAAAAUACGAGAAAACCGCUGCUCUGGCUUUUUCUCCGAAUUUAUAGCGCAACUUGAGCAGAUUUACUCGGGUAACGUGUCUCCUAUUGAUGAAGAUUCGUUUGAAACUGGCAUAGAAUGUUUAAAACAAGAAUAUAUUCGGCUUAAGGAGGGAGCCGUUUCUCUGGAUGGCAGUAGUCGUGAUUUCGAAUCGUUUCAAAAGCUUAGUGUGGAUUUUGUGCAGUUUUAUUUUCUAAUCUGCUCAAGUU